AUGAUCAAACUCAGUGUUCUCGCCCUGGCGGCAGUCCUUCCUUCAACUCUAGGAAGCUCUCUUAACGUAAUCAACAACUGCGGGUUCGAGAUCUACUGCGGCGCAGCUAAGAACAAUGGUGACUCGUCCCCGGCUGUCAAGGUUGGUGGUGGCGGUAGUACGUGGAAGUCUCCUCUACUAGCGAACGAUGAUAAUAUCGGAAGUGUGUUAAAGUGUUCUGAUAACCCUGACCUUAGCAAGCCAUUUCAGAUGGAGUUAGCCCUCCAGAAUGGACAUUCUUGGUUUGAUCUUUCGGCUCUUGACGGUGACCCGUUUGUGGAUGUUGCACGACAUGCAGAAAUUGCCGGCCAGUGUGUUCUUGACUGCCCAUCAGGGUCAGUUGGAUGUGAGUGGCCAGUUCAGCCGGAUUGCCAAACUUCGGAGGAUGCCUGGUUGACUCUUUGUUAA